UAAAAAUGUCUCAAAUAUUGAUCACAAGAUGUUUCGUAAGAUUUCAUUACUUUGUAAAUUCAGUCAAAUAUCUGUCAUUUGGGACACAAAUCAUGCAAAAGUGUAGACUUUUAAACACAUUGAAAGAGAUCUCAAAGACUACUCUUAAGACAAAGCAAUGUCUGUCGAGAAGUGAUAAUAAAGUGUCGACUAAUACGCCGAAGCAUUUGUGGUGUUGGGAUAUAAUCACUGGUCUAUUGCUAUGGUUGGGAGUCAUCGAAGAGCCGGAAGACCCGCUGAUAUUAACCAUAAAAAGA